AUGGGAGGCUACUACUACUUGCUCCACUUCUUGCUAGUCUGCUUUCUUCUCCAUGUACACACCAGCCACUCCAUGAACCAGACAUGCAACCCUACUAACCUGGAGGCGCUUCUUGCUUUUUCCAGUGGCUUGGACAUGAAGCGUGCCAGGAUUGUCGGAUGGGAUCCAAAUGACACCGCAUGCUGUUCCUGGACUGGCGUCUUCUGUGAAUUUGGGAGAGUUAUCAGGCUGGAUCUCUCCAACAAAAGCCUCCAUGGAAGCAUCUCUUCUGCGGUCACCUUGCUUGAUGACAUCGUGUCUCUAAACCUCUCCAAUAACUCUCUUCAUGGCCAGCCGCCGGAGGGGCUUGGACACCUAGCAAGGCUGAAGAUUCUCGACCUCAGCAUGAACAUGCUCUCUGGCGUGUUCAUGGUGAGUGAAGAUGGCUUCCCGGCAAUUGAGGUGCUGAAUGUCUCCUUCAACCAAUUCACGGGGCCGCACCCUGCGUUCCCCAGCGCGAUGAACCUGACGGUUCUUGAUAUCUCAAGCAAUGCCUUCUCUGGUGACAUCAACGCCACUACCCUCUGUAUUACGCCGGUCAGGGUCCUGAAAUUUUCCGGGAAUGAGUUCACCGGUGAGGUCCCCGCCGGCUUUGGCCGGUGCAGCAUGCUUGCUGAUCUCUCUAUUGGCGGCAGUGGCCUUACUGGGAACCUCCCUAGCGACCUGUACAUGAUAGCAGGGUUGAGGAGACUAAGCUUACAAGAUAAUAAGCUCUCUGGUAGUCUCAGCGAGAACAUUGGCAACCUUUCGCAGCUUGUGCAGAUUGAUUUGUCGUAUAACAGGUUCACCGGCUUCAUCCCUGAUAUGUUUGGAAGGCUGAGGAAGCUAGAGUCCUUAAACUUGGCAUCCAAUGGCUUCAUUGGAACAUUGCCGAGUUCCCUGUCAAGCUGUCCUACAUUGAGGGUGCUUGGCCUAAGGAACAAUUCGCUCUCUGGCGAGAUUGCACUUGACUUCAGUUUGCUGCCAAGGCUGAACAUUUUUGAUGCUGGAACAAACAAGCUGAGUGGUGCUAUACCUGCUGGCCUUGGCCGGUGCGCCGAGUUGAGGAAGCUGAACCUUGCAAGGAACAAGCUUGAGGGAGAGAUACCAGAGAGCUUCAAGAAUUUGAGUUCACUAUUGUACCUGUCGCUGACAGGGAACGGCUUCACGAACCUGUCAUCGGCAAUGCAAGUCCUGCAGCACCUGCCCAAACUGACAAGCUUGGUGGUCACCAAGAACUUUCAUGGGGGUGAGAUUAUGCCAAUGGAUGACAUCAAAGGGUUCAGAAGCAUGCAGCUGCUUGUCCUGGCCAAUUGCGCACUCUCAGGCAUGAUUCCGCCUUGGAUGCAGAGCUUGGAGAGCCUCAGAGUGCUGGACAUUUCGUGGAACAAGUUGAGUGGAAAGAUCCCACCAUGGUUAGGCAAUCUAAAUAAUCUCUUCUACAUUAACCUGUCAAACAACUCGUUUAGUGGGGAACUUCCUGAGAGCUUAACACGGAUGAAGAGUUUAAUUUCAAGUACUUAUUUGAGAGAGAAUGCAUCAAUAGAGGACCUCGCAUUGUCUAUCAAGAAGAAUCCAGCUGACAAAGGUUUGCAGUACAACCAUGUCAGCAGCUUCCCAUCGUCUCUGAUCCUCUCUAGUAACUUGCUUGUUGGGCCAGUCUUGCCUGGCCUUGGCCAUCUUGUGGAUCUUCAUGUACUGGACUUGAGCUGGAACUAUUUCUCAGGGCGCAUUCCUGACGAGUUGUCAAACAUGUCGAGCCUGGAAGUGUUGAAUUUUGCCCAUAACAAUCUCAGUGGGAACAUACCAUCAUCUCUGUCAAAGCUGAAUUUCCUCUCCCAGUUUGAUGUGUCAUACAACAACCUCACUGGAGAUAUUCCAACAGGGGGACAGUUUUCCACAUUCAGUAAUGAGGGUUUUGUUGGAAAUGCUGCACUCUGCCUUCUUGAGAAUGCCCCCUGCUCUGCAAAUGCUAUAUCUGUAGGAACAGGAAAUGAAGGAACUCCGGCAAUGACAUACAUCACCAUGGAAGUGGGAUUCGCUUUCGGGAUUUUGAUCGUCUGCAACCUACUGUUUUUCGCAAAGGCUUGGAGGGCUGCGUAUUUUCUGGCAGUUGAUAGGUUCUUUGAUUGGCUAUAUGUAAUGACAAUGGUGAAGGUGAACAAUCUCAGAAGAAAAUGGGAUGGUAAAGAUCAUCCUUAAAACAAGUCACAGAUGGCUCUUCGCGGAUUCUAUGCAGGGGGGACUUGUGUGCAAAGUUCUUUACUUCGCAUGCUGUCUCCUUUUUUUUUCAGUUUGUAGUAUCUUCCUUGCUUCCGCCUCAAGUGUCAUUAGCUGGACAGAUUUGGCAUCAGGAGUCAUGUGGUUAAAUUUGAGUUCCCCUUCAUGUCUCGGACAAUAUUGGUUAUGACUAUUCAUUGGUACGAUAAAAUUGUGAACUGU